GUAUACAAUAAUUUUCUCGCAUUUAUUUAAAGAAGGCAUUGAAUUCGCAACCAUCGAAUUUGCUGUGUUGGUGAGGCGGCUGGUGCAAGCGUGUAUCUGGCAUCACUGCCACUAUCAUUCUCCGCAUCGAUUUCAUUUGCGGCGAUUCAGUAAUCAGUCCGUAGUGUCAAUCGCCAACAACCGGAUCGGUACUUGGUGCAUCGCAAAAAAGCACUUUUCAUUGUGAAACAAGCCUCGAUAACUUCGGAUCGCCCGACGUGACCGAGCAGAAAAUAAUGGCUAGUGCGACCGCCCCAUUGAUGAUGCGAUUAAUGGCCAGCUCGAUUCAGAUUGCUGGCCGAGCCGGCAAAAUCAUCCGGGAUGUGAUGGCCAAAGGCGACCUCGGUAUCGUCGAGAAAGGCAAGGAUGACUUGCAAACCGAGGCGGACCGAUCGGCCCAGCGGUGCAUAAUGGCCUCACUGCAGCGACUGUUCCCCGAUGUGACCGUUAUUGGUGAAGAGGGAAAAAGCGACUUGAAGGUACCAGAGGACUGGCUGGUCACCGAAAUGGAUAGCGACUUCCUGGAACGAAACGCUUGCCCUGAUGGCUUGAAACAGGUCAAGGAAUCGGACCUGGUCAUUUGGGUGGAUCCACUGGAUGGAACCAGCGAGUACACGCAGGGAUUCCUCGAGCGAGUGACAGUGUUGAUAGGGAUAUCUGUCAAUGACCGCGCUGUUGGAGGAGUUAUUCAUCAGCCGUAUUUCAAAACGGACAAUGGUUCACUCGGUCGAACGAUAUGGGGAGUCAAAGGUAUCGGAGCUGGUGGAUUCAAUCCGAUUAAGCCACCUUCGGAUCGAUUCAUUGUGACUACCACUAGAUCCCACUCCAAUGCUUUGGUUCAGUCAGCAUUGGACGCCCUUUCUCCAGAUGAAGUUCUUCGCGUCGGCGGAGCUGGUUAUAAGGUUCUUCAAUUGUUGGAAGGAAAAGCUCACGCCUACGUAUUUGCCAGUGCGGGUUGCAAAAAGUGGGAUACAUGCGCCCCAGAAGCUGUAUUGGAGGCACAAGGAGGAGCGUUGACGGAUAUUCUUGGUCGACAUUACACCUAUGGCAAGGACGUCAGCUUCCCGAACGCUUGUGGAGUCCUUGGGACCGCCAGUGGCACUUCACAUCAAGAUGUAUUAGCUAAGCUACCGGACGCUGUGAAACAAGCAAUGAAUAAAACACAAUAGAUCCAUUCCAUCUAGUAA